AAGCGGCGCCAUAUAUAUUUUGAACGCGCCAUUUUGGGAGCUUGAUAGCAGUGACGCUUACGUGAAUUCUCGUGAUUUUGUGAAAAAGUGCCGCUCUUUCUUAGCACAGCAUGGGUAAAAAAGAGAAGAAAACGGAGAUCAGUGAAGCAUCGAGCGAGGAAGAAUAUGUCGUGGAGAAAGUUCUUAACAAACGUACAGUCAAAGGAAAGAUCCAAUAUUUAUUGAAAUGGAAAGGCUAUAAGGAGGAAGAGAGUACUUGGGAGCCUGUUGAAAACUUAGACUGUGAGGAACUGAUUAAAACUUUUGAAGAAAACAGGAAAGAAAAAGAGAAAUCUUCAAAAAAACCUGAGGACCGUGCUAAGAAGCGAGUCCGUGAAUCAAGUGAGGAGACCAGUUCUGGUAGGAAAGGUCGGGGGGCAAGUGUUUCGUCGGCUGACGAACCAAAAGAGAGCAAAAGGGAAAGAAAGGAAGAAAAAAGCAAAACAGGCUUUGAUAAGGGACUCAAAGCUGAGAAAAUUAUAGGCGCUUCAGAUGCUACCGGUGAACUAAUGUUUUUGAUCAAAUGGACAGACUCUGAUGAGGCUGAACUAGUUCCAGCUAAAGUAGCUAAUGUUAAAUGCCCGCAGCAAGUAAUAGCGUUUUAUGAAGAAAGGCUAACUUGGCACACGCCAUCCGAAUCUGAAUAAUUAGAACUAAGUAUUGCAUAAGUGUUUGUAUGGACUCAAUGGUGGUGUCUGUUGUUUUUAGUUCAUCUUCGAGAGUUCACAGAGCUCGGAGUGCAGCUGUAUUGUAAUUCUACAUUUUAUUGAUUUUAUUUUUAAACUUGCUGCAUAAAUUACAAAUUCUGGCUGGCAUAAAUUGGUUACAUGUGACGUCAUUUGGGGCCAAGAAAACGAACUAACCAUAUAUUAAACACUGAUUUAUAAUUAUAAUGAUUAGCCACUUAUGACUUCUGCAUGGAUCAUUCUACCUUGAAACUAAGAAUAGUUUAAAUGAUGAAUUAUUAGGUUUUAUUUGAUGGUUUAAAAUAUAAAUCUUUAUUAUUUCACAAAAAUAGUUUGUGAAUGUUCAAUUAAACUUAAUUAAACCUCCUUUAUAAAUUGUUUCGUAAUUGCUGUCCAGUUGUCUAUUGCUUCAGACUCGAUGAGGACAUGCAGUUUUGUUUUGAGAAUUGUUAGUUUAUUUUUAAUUUAAAAUACUUAAAAAUAUAUGAAUGACUAUAAAAAUGUAUUUAAUAAAAUACACAAUGAACAUAAUACUUGUAAUGCAAAACGGUUUUUGUACAUUUAAAUAAACAAAGAUUUUUUUUAACAGAAUUACUUUGUAUAUUAAAUAACAGUCAAUUAUUCCGGACGGUACAAUAUGACCCAUUUACUUCCGAAAUAUAGUAAUCGGCACGAGUCUUGAGUAGGGGUGGCGCGGUGGUGCUGGUGUACGAUGCGCUGGAUGAAGCUGCUGCUAAAGAUCAACCAGUCCAAAACAAAGAUCAUGAUCGUGGAUAAAUCCGGCACCCUUGACGAGAAAAAUAUUCUAGGCCAAUAUGACAUCGUCAAGAUUUUCGUGUACCUCAGGUCGAUUAUUACCAAUAGGGGUGGAUCGGAAACCGAAAUAAGGCGACGCAUCGGAAUGGCCAAAUCCGUUAUGAGCCGGCUAAACAAAAUAUAGAGAGAUCGUAACAUACUCAAGAAGACGAAAGUGCAAAUUGUUGAGACGCUCGUUUUCUUAAAAAAAUUUGUAUGAGGCUGAGACCUGGACCUUGAAAGUCUGACAGGCGACGCAUAGACGCGUUUGAGAUGUGGUGCUGGCGGCGCAUGUUGCGCAUCCCUUGGACGGCUUUCCGGAUAAACGCUUCCAUCCUCAAUGAGCUAAAAGUUGAUCAGAGGCUAUCCACUAAAUGCCUAUAUAGAGUGCUUCAAUAUUUUGGUCCAAUAGCAAGAAAACCCUCUGACAAUCUGGAGAGACUCAUAGUGACGGGAAAAGUGGAUGGAAGACGAUUCAGAGGUCGGACCCAAAAAAGAUGGAAUGACUU